AUGAAGCCUAAUUUAAAAUACUUCUUUUUUGCUAUCCAAACUUAUCAAAAGCUAAAAAACCCUAGCUGCGGCGGCGGAGGCGACGGACGACGGUCGACCGACGGUGAUGGCGAUAUGACAAUGCUUAGUGCAACUAAUUUUACUCUUGUUUUCCAGUCAAUUUUCGAGGCAAAUUAUAAUAAUAAUACGAACACGAAUAAAAACUCCAACCUCCCACUGCCUCUCCUUACUUCUCCACCACAUGUCAGUGGUCUUUGGCAGAGAGGAGAAGCCUUGGAUACCAAAAUCGAAUGCCCCAAGGUUGUACCUACAGUAACUGGUAGUACUUCUCAAGUCGCGGUUUUAAAAGAUAGGGAGAAAGUUCGAACUGAGAACAAAGUCAUGACAUGUAUGCUAUGCUCAGAGUAA